GCACUCUGCGCUCCGCAUGGAUUGGAGAAAUGUGAUGCGUGCGGAGUUGAUUUUACGAGCACGAAUGCGCUGGCGCGGAUAUUUGUACAGAACCCGCAUUUGGCGUGUCCUCCGCCUCCGCAAAUUGUACAGCAGCAGCGGUCGCAGGCUGUGACGAAAACGAAAGAGGAUGGAAAUGCACUAUUCAAAGCAAACAAAGUGAAGGAGGCCGUGUCAAUGUAUACAAUGGCCGUGAACGUAGCGGCGGGCCGCUUGCCCUGGGAGCCAAAUUCGAUAAUGAAGGAGGAACUCUCGACAGUGCUGAGUAACCGCUCCGCUGCGUACUUAGCUGCUGGUGACCACGUCGGUGCACUGGUAGAUGCGGAACUCGUAAUACAGCUGAAACGGCCAUGGAGUAAAGGCCAUUUCCGAAAAGCCAAAGCACUGGUGGAGCUGGGUCGUCUUGAAGAAGCACGGGAAGCUAUUAAGCUGGGUCUGGGCUUUGAGCCGAAUAAUAAUGUGAAUUUA